UUUUAUAACCCAACUUUUUCGUGAAUCCGUGGUUCCGUGUUUUAAAUUAUAGAAUUACAAUAACAUAUCUAUAAACUUUUUCUGAAGCUGUUAAUGAAGACAAAAUAAUGUCGGACUCUGAUGAGGGCUACUCCCUCCUUAGUGCGAAAAGCCGAUUAUUAGAUGUUUUUGCUGAUCUCGAUGAUCUUGAGUUGGAAUCGAUUGAGAGGUGGAUAAGUUCUCUCUCAUAUAAAAAAGAUUUAGAAAUUAAAAAGUCUCUCAUAAAUUCAGACAAGUUACUAAAGAACAUCGGAGAUUCUAUAAAAAAAAUGAUACCCUUUGAAGCUGAGAUGUCAACUGAGAAUAUUAUACCACCAAGUGUUGGAGACCAAGCAGAUUGUAAUAAGGACAAUACUUGUCAUGUUGAUGAAUUUCUGUAUGAUGAAAAACAGGUUGCGGAAUUAGUCAAAAGAGGAAAGCUGAAAAGACAAUAUUGCUUGGAUUGUAGUUCUCGCAAUGUACAGGAUUUAAUAUUUAUAUCACAUUCACUAUCAAGACAGGCUCUGCAAUACAUAUUCAAAGUUCUUCUUCCAAACGAGUUGGAAGACAAGCAAAUAUUAGAUAUAGGUUCACGUCUGGGAUCAGUUUUGUAUGCGGCAUAUCAUUUAUCAAAUGCAUCAAGAAUAGUGGGCAUAGAGAUGAAUAAAGAAUGUUGUGAAGUGCAAGAAAAAAUAAUUGGCCAGUAUUCAAUGGACCUAGACAGAAUAUCAGUUGUAAAUUCAGAUGUAUUAGAGAGACAUGAUAUUGUUGAAUGUUCUGAUAUUAUUAUAAUGAAUGUUCUAGACUUUUUCGUUGAUGAAGAAAAACAUAGAGAAAUGUGGUACUUCUUUAAAAAACACUUUAAAAAGGGCAGUUAUUUGAUAUUAAAUAGAACAAUUGCUGAAACACUGGGUUGUUUGGGCCUCUUUGAAGAAUUCAUGGACUGGCUGAGUAUAUGUAAACCAAAUCAGAUGGAAAACGAAGUAUUUUUUGAUGUUGAAGAUUAUAGUGAAUUAUAUUUGUAUUCAAUAAAUUAAUUAUAUAUAAUUUAUCUA